GACAUUUGGCACGCUGAAACCAGCUCCGAAUGCAAUGCGCUUUUCUACAUUGGUGGGCUGCAUAUCUUUGGCUUCGACCACUUUUACAGCUUUAGUGAAGGCAAAGGAGUGGACAGAAGUCUCUGCUGCCGGUGCCCCGUUGAAGCGCUACGACCAUGCUGCCGUCAUGGAUGCACAGCAGAGAAUGUGGGUUUUCGCCGGCAGAUCUGGCCGGGACCGCGACAGUCAAUCCUCCAAUGAUCUUCAUUACUUUGACGUGCAGGCCAAGACAUGGCGCACUGUAUGGGGCAAAUUUCCCCCUAAGCGGUAUGGCCACACAGCUGUCCUGGCGCAGCAGCAGAUUUGGGUUUUUGGGGGAAUCAGCGGCUAUCUGGGUGAAUACUUCAAUGACUUGCACUACUUCGAUAUUCAGGCCAACAUAUGGGAAGAAAUCACUGACUCUGGCAACGGCCCUUCGAAGCGCAAUGGCCACAGUGCUGUCAUGGAUGCACAGCGUAUGUGGAUCUUUGGUGGAACCUUUCUUGGCGACGGCGGUGUCUACUUCUACUUAGAUGACUUGCACUGCUUUGACGUGGAGGCCAAGACGUGGGAAACAGUGUCCGCAAGCAAUGCUCCCCCCAAGCGUAAAGAGCACACAGCGGUCCUCGACCAACAGCAGCGGAUGUGGAUCUUUGGUGGUUGGCACAAUAGUCAUUUGAAUGACCUGCACUACUUCAAUGUCCAGGCCAGGACGUGGAAAAAAGUCACCGCAAGCAACCCUCCCUCCAAGCGAUCACAGCACACAGCGGUCCUCGACCAGCAGCAGCGGAUGUGGAUCUUUGGUGGUUGGGGCGAUAGUGGUUAUUUGAAUGAUCUGCAGUACUUUGAUGUCCAGGCCGAGACAUGGACAUUUUGUUGGGCUCCCAAUGCUCCCUCUGUCCGCUUCGGCCACAGCGCUGCAUUAGAUGCCCAGCAGCGGAUGUGGAUCUUUGGAGGUGUCGACCUCAAUGACCUGCACUACAUAGAUCUUGAGGUGGGCAGCAACCAAUCGGAAAGCUCACAGACCAACGCUCUCACCACUUCCACCACAUCAAGCAGCAGCGGCAGUACCACUACAACCACAGCCAUUACCACAUGCAAAAACUUCGCAUGUCCCCAGGGCUACAUUCACAACAAUAUAUCCCCACAGAUCUCCGGCAGCACCAGCGCAUGCUGCGAGUUAAGUUGCCAGAUUUUCGAAUGUCCACCAGAGUACGUUCAAGAAAGCAAAUCCCCGCACUUGUUCGGCAACCCUAGCGAAUGCUGCGAGAAGAGUUGCAAGCUCUUUUCAUGUCCACAGGGCUACAUUUCAACAAAUACAUCACCGGAGAUCGUUGGAAGUAGCGAUGCAUGCUGCGAGGAGAGUUGCGAAGUCUUUUCAUGUCCACAGGGCUACAUUUCAAAUACAUCACCGGAGAUCGUUGGAAGUAGCGAUGCAUGCUGCGAGAAGAGUUGCAAGCUCUUUUCAUGUCCACAGGGCUACAUUUCAAAUACAUCACCGGAGAUCGUUGGAAGUAGCGAUGCAUGCUGCGAGGAGAGUUGCGAGCUCUUUUCAUGUCCACAGGGCUACAUUCACAACAAUAGAUCCCCCCAGAUCUCCGGCAGCACCAGCGCAUGCUGCGAGUUAAGUUGCCAGAUUUUCGCAUGUCCACCAGGGUACAUUCAAGAAAGCAAAUCCCCGCACUUGUACGGCAACCCUAGCGAAUGCUGCGAGAAGAGUUGCAAGCUCUUUUCAUGUUCACAGGGCUACAUUUCAACAAAUACAUCACCGGAGAUCGUUGGAAGUAGCGAUGCAUGCUGCGAGGAGAGUUGUGAGCUCUUUUCAUGUUCACAGGGCUACAUUUCAACAAAUACAUCACCGGAGAUCGUUGGAAGUAGCGAUGCAUGCUGCGAGGAGAGUUGCGAAGUCUUUUCAUGUCCACAGGGCUACAUUUCAACAAAUACAUCACCGGAGAUCGUUGGAAGUAGCGAUGCAUGCUGCGAGAAGAGUUGCAAGCUCUUUUCAUGUCCACAGGGCUACAUUUCAAAUACAUCACCAGAGAUCGCUGGAAGUAGCGAUGCAUGCUGCGAGGAGAGUUGCAAGCUCUUUUCAUGUCCACAGGGCUACGUUGCAACAAAUGCAUCACCAGAGAUCGCUGGAAGUAGCGAUGCAUGCUGCGAGAAGAGUUGCAAGCUUUUUUCAUGUCCACAGGGCUACGUUGCAACAAAUGCAUCACCAGAGAUCGCUGGAAGUAGCGAUGCAUGCUGCGAGAAGAGUUGCAAGCUCUUUUCAUGUCCACAGGGCUACGUUGCAACAAAUGCAUCACCAGAGAUCGCUGCAAGUAGCGAUGCAUGCUGCGAGAAGAGUUGCAAGCUCUUUUCAUGUCCACAGGGCUACGUUGCAACAAAUGCAUCACCAGAGAUCGCUGGGAGUAGCGAUGCAUGCUGCGAGAAGAGUUGCAAGCUCUCUUCAUGUCCACAGGGCUACGUUGCAACAAAUGCAUCAUCAGAGAUCGCUGGAAGUAGCGAUGCAUGCUGCGAGAAGAGUUGCAAGCUCUUUUCAUGUCCACAGGGCUACGUUGCAACAAAUGCAUCACCAGAGAUCGCUGGAAGUAGCGAUGCAUGCUGCGAGGAGAGUUGUGAGCUCUUUUCAUGUCCACAGGGCUACGUUGCAACAAAUGCAUCACCAGAGAUCGCUGGAAGUAGCGAUGCAUGCUGCGAGGAGAGUUGCAAGCUCUUUUCAUGUCCACAGGGCUACGUUGCAACAAAUGCAUCACCAGAGAUCGCUGGAAGUAGCGAUGCAUGCUGCGAGGAGAGUUGCGAAGUCUUUUCAUGUCCACAGGGCUACGUUGCAACAAAUGCAUCACCAGAGAUCGCUGGAAGAAGCGAUGCAUGCUGCGAGGAGAGUUGUGAGCUCUUUUCAUGUCCACAGGGCUACGUUGCAACAAAUGCAUCACCAGAGAUCGCUGGAAGUAGCGAUGCAUGCUGCGAGAAGAGUUGCAAGCUCUUUUCAUGUCCACAGGGCUACGUUGCAACAAAUGCAUCACCAGAGAUCGCUGGAAGUAGCGAUGCAUGCUGCGAGAAGAGUUGCAAGCUCUUUUCAUGUCCACAGGGCUACGUUGCAACAAAUGCAUCACCAGAGAUCGCUGGAAGUAGCGAUGCAUGCUGCGAGAAGAGUUGCAAGCUCUCUUCAUGUCCACAGGGCUACGUUGCAACAAAUGCAUCACCAGAGAUCGCUGGAAGUAGCGAUGCAUGCUGCGAAGAGUUUGCAAGCUCUUUUCAUGUCCACAGGGCUACGUUGCAACAAAUGCAUCACCAGAGAUCGCUGGAAGUAGCGAUGCAUGCUGCGGAAGAAGUUGUCAAGGCUACGUUUGCAACAAAUGCAUCACCAGAGAUCGCUGGAAGUAGCGAUGCAUGCUGCGAGAAGAGUUGCAAGCUCUUUUCAUGUCCACAGGGCUACGUUGCAACAAAUGCAUCACCAGAGAUCGCUGGAAGUAGCGAUGCAUGUUGCGAGGAGAGUUGCGAAGUCUUUUCAUGUCCACAGGGCUACGUUGCAACAAAUGCAUCACCAGAGAUCGCUGGAAGAAGCGAUGCAUGCUGCGAGGAGAGUUGUGAGCUCUUUUCAUGUCCACAGGGCUACGUUGCAACAAAUGCAUCACCAGAGAUCGCUGGAAGUAGCGAUGCAUGCUGCGAGAAGAGUUGCAAGCUCUUUUCAUGUCCACAGGGCUACGUUGCAACAAAUGCAUCACCAGAGAUCGCUGCAAGUAGCGAUGCAUGCUGCGAGAAGAGUUGCAAGCUCUUUUCAUGUCCACAGGGCUACGUUGCAACAAAUGCAUCACCAGAGAUCGCUGGAAGUAGCGAUGCAUGCUGCGAGAAGAGUUGCAAGCUCUUUUCAUGUCCACAGGGCUACGUUGCAACAAAUGCAUCACCAGAGAUCGCUGGAAGUAGCGAUGCAUGCUGCGAGAAGAGUUGCAAGCUCUUUUCAUGUCCACAGGGCUACGUUGCAACAAAUGCAUCAUCAGAGAUCGCUGGAAGUAGCGAUGCAUGCUGCGAGAAGAGUUGCAAGCUCUUUUCAUGUCCACAGGGCUACAUUUCAACAAAUACAUCACCGGAGAUCGUUGGAAGUAGCGAUGCAUGCUGCGAGGAUAGUUGCAAGCUCUUUUCAUGUCCACAGGGCUACGUUGCAACAAAUGCAUCACCAGAGAUCGCUGGAAGUAGCGAUGCAUGCUGCGAGAAGAGUUGCAAGCUUUUUUCAUGUCCACAGGGCUACCUUGCAACAAAUGCAUCACCAGAGAUCGCUGGAAGUAGCGAUGCAUGCUGCGAGAAGAGUUGCAAGCUCUUUUCAUGUCCACAGGGCUACGUUGCAACAAAUGCAUCACCAGAGAUCGCUGGAAGUAGCGAUGCAUGCUGCGAGAAGAGUUGCAAGCUCUUUUCAUGUCCACAGGGCUACGUUGCAACAAAUGCAUCACCAGAGAUCGCUGGAAGUAGCGAUGCAUGCUGCGAGGAGAGUUGUGAGCUCUUUUCAUGUCCACAGGGCUACGUUGCAACAAAUGCAUCACCAGACAUCACUGGAAGUAGCGAUGCAUGCUGCGAGGAGAGUUGUGAGCUCUUUUCAUGUCCACAGGGCUACGUUGCAACAAAUGCAUCACCAGAGAUCGCUGGAAGUAGCGAUGCAUGCUGCGAGGAGAGUUGCGAAGUCUUUUCAUGUCCAAAGGGCUACGUUGCAACAAAUGCAUCACCGGAGAUCGUUGGAAGUAGCGAUGCAUGCUGCGAGGAGAGUUGUGAGCUCUUUCUGUGUCCACAGGGCUACCUUCCAAGGGACUCGCCGCAGGACGUGGUUGGUAGAACAUACCAGGCAUGUUGCACCCUACCCAAGGUUGUUGCAGCGAGCUUGUUCCAAGAAGGAUCCACAGGUUUCGGAGAUAAGCCACUGUCGCUGAGUCAGAUAGAAAUGCAUCAGUCAAACCUCGCUUCAAACAAUUCUUGGACCGAGGGUGCAUCGUCUGACGAUGAUGACAGUCCGUUGCUGGCCAUUGUAGUGGUGCCCAUUGUGCUCACAUGUCUCUUCACCUCCCUCUGCAUUCUAUGGCGCUAUCGAGUCUAUCGAGCUAGAAAGCGACGAGGUGCUGAAGCAGAGCCUCACUUCUCAAAUCCUUGGGUUUCUUUGCCGGCGCCUGUCACCACAGCAAAACCAUUGCUUUUCGCCUGGGAUGCAAGGAUGACUGCCGAAUGGCCUCGGGGCAAGGUGCUCAAACUCACAGUCCCAGAGACCGCUUUCGAUGCGCAUGGUCGAAAGCACGAAUUUCAGCCAGCGGAAUGCCGGCAAUUUGCUUGGGAAGAUGGAACAGUCCAAAAAGUAGAUAACGUUUCAAGGAACGUGGUGCUGUGGAGCACGCAGCAUCGAUAUCCAGCUUGGCAACAAUUCAGGUGGAUUUGCACACCCCAAUGCCAGAUAGAAGGUCGCCACGACAUGGAACUCGCAGACUCGAAUCCUUACAGGUGCAGAUCUUGUUCACACUCCCGAGCUGCUGACAUGCACUGGCAUUGCCCACUGCAUGAGGUGCAUCUUUGCCCGAGUUGUGCUGAACUGCCACCAGAGGCACCAACAUUGGGUGUGGGAGCCACAUACUUGGUGGAGGUCUUUCCACCCUUGGCAUGGAGUGCAGCUGCAAAGGAAGAUCCGAAUUUCUACGAAAUUUGCCCACAUUUGGCGCAUGGGCCGCAAGGUAUGGGCUACGACCGGAAAUGUCCUAGAGAUGGGAAGCAGCACUGUAGCAUCGUGGAUGCUGUGGAGGAUGUUUACAGUGGCAAAGUCACUCACUUUGUGUCCUGGUGCUGGGCCUAUUCCUUGUCCAAUGUGGUCAGUGCUGUGGAAGGAUGGCUGCAGAAGUCUGAUGAAGAUCCAGAAACCAUCUUCCUAUGGAUGUGUUUUUUUGCAACAACCAGUACCGUAUCAUGGAGGAGGCAACCAAAACAGGAAGUGAAGAUUUGAAGAGCAUCUUCGAGUCGCAUCUAGUGACAGCUGGGCGGAUGCUGGUGCUGUUGGACACUAUCGAGUUUGCAUCCAGCAGAAGAUCUCUAUGGCCAUUCUUCUUCCCAGGUCUGCAGAGAACUUCUUCAGGGACUCCCUGCGCACGGGAGGUUCUGGGAUCGACAUUCUCUUUCAAGCUCUAGAUGCCCUGGACGUUCGGGAUGCGAAGGCUUCGUCCAGAGCCGAUGAGGAUUUGAUCAAGAGGAUAAUUCUCAACACUACUGGCUUUGAUGUGGUGAACAAUGCCGUGCGCUCGAGAUUGGUAGACCAAAUGACAGCCCUGUUCCGAGAGCUUCUGAUGCUGCGGGCGCGGUAAAGCCCACUCCACUUUCUUUGGUCUGCAGAAAUGGUCAAAAUUUAUCAAAAUUUAUCAAAACUGCGUAGGCAGAUGGCUCAGAGUGAGAACAGAUGAAC